CGAGAAGAAACUGCAAACGGUGGACUGGAUCGGGAGCGAACGUGUAUUAUUGCGCCAAACUUCCCGGUAAUGCUGAGAUUUUUUAGGGUAUAUAAGGGACGAGUUUGCUUGGUACAUUCAUGCAAAUAAGGGUUAUAGUACCGCACAAGACACCUCAAGAGACACAGAGAUAGGCGAGGAGGAUGGCGAAGCAAGGUGGUUCUUCCAUGCAUGCAGUGGCGCUGGUCCUUGUUGCCCUCGCAGCAUUUCCAGCAGUGCACUCCAUCGGGGUCUGCAACGGCGUGAUCGGCAACAACCUGCCGGCACCGAGCGACGUCGUGAAGCUCUACCAAACCAAGGGCAUCGACGCCAUGCGGAUCUACGCGCCGGAGAGCAACGUCCUCAAUGCGCUCAGCGGCACGGGCAUCGGCCUCCUCAUGGACGUCGGCAACGGCGCGCUAACCAGCCUCGCCAACGACCCCUCCGCCGCGCCCGCCUGGGUCAAGGCCAACGUCCAGCCCUUCCCUGGCGUCUCCUUCCGCUACAUAGCCGUCGGCAACGAGGUCACGGACAGCGCCGGCCAGAAGACCAUCCUCCCGGCCAUGAAGAACAUACAAGCGGCGCUCGUGGCGGCCGGCCUCAGUGGCAGCAUCAAGGUGUCGACUUCGGUGCGGUUCGACGUGGUAGAAAACACUUCCCCGCCCUCCAACGGUGUGUUCGCGGACACAUCAUUCAUGGGGCCCAUCCUUGAGUUCCUCGCCAGCACCGGCGCACCGCUGCUGGCCAACGUGUACCCCUACUUCGCCUACAAGGGCGACCAGCAGAACAUCAAGCUCGACUUCGCCACCUUCGUGCCAGGCAGCACCACCGUGACCGACAACGGGCUGACAUACACGAACCUGUUCGACGCCAUGGUCGACUCCAUCUACGCCGCGCUGGAGAAAGCCGGCAAGCCCGGGGUUAAGGUGGUCAUAUCCGAGAGCGGGUGGCCGUCGGCCGGUGGGGUCGGGGCGACGGCGCAGAACGCGCGGGCUUACAACCAGGGAUUGAUCAACCAUGUCCGCCGGGGCACGCCGAAGAAGCCCAGCUUGCUGGAGACGUACAUUUUCGCCAUGUUCAACGAGAAUCAGAAGACAGGUGAUCCGACGGAGAACAAUUUCGGGCUGUUCAAUCCAGACAAGUCGCCGGCCUACUCCAUUACUUUCUGAGUCCGACAAACAAACGCCAGCUGGAAAUUUCCUAUAUUCGAAUAAGCUGCCUGUUAAAUGCAAAAUGCAUGCAUUUCAGUCAACCACUCGUCUGUCUGUGUUAUGUUCUAAUUUUCUUAUACCUCCAAUAAAACAAGUCACAGAAAAGGAAAAGACCGAGUAAAUUACACUUUUUAGAAGUCAUAUUUGUACCCUCAAUAAGGUGAAGGUGUGUCUCCCCUCAAAAAAAUAAAAUAAGGUGAAGGUGUGUCAAAUUUUGCCC